GAUAUCACAAAAUUGGGGAGAGAAAUUCACAAAAUAAAUUAAAUAAAACACUGAACUCCUACCAUACGUUAUAUCCACACACAGCCUUGAUAAUUCGAGUGAACGGUGAUGGUUAAUUUGUUGAAUAAUUAAUUUGUUUACACUCAACUUGCAAGGUAUUUUAUAGCAACACAACAAUACAUACUUUCCUUAUGGUCAUACUCUAUAUAGGUCAUAUAGCUCCCCUCCCAUUUGGUACAAUCCAUGCGUCAUUGUUUACAACAAAAUGGCCAAGUAUUUAUUCCCCAAAAUUCAAACUGGAUAAAGGCGCUUUAAAUAACGAAAACGAAACUAACUACCGAACUGAAAAACACCGGACACCGACGUAACGUUAGUAGUUCUCUGUCGGAUUCACUUCAGGAUCACACUCGCAGCAUGGCAUUUCAAAUGUCAACUCUCUCUUCGCGUAUCAGAGCCAUAGGUCCAUUUUCCCGCUGUCGUAGUGGUGACUUUCAUACUAGUGACAUCGGUCUGUGCUCCAAAUUUAGAAACAUUUUUGGUGUUGCAAAUCGUCAGGUUUAUUCGCUGGUGCGAAGUGGGCAGAGUUCGGCGAACUCCAGCCCUGCAAAGUGCAAGGCCAUUCUGAACCCAGGGGGUAUUCAUUUUGCAAACCGCGUGGAGAAGUUUUCAACAACUACAGCUGCGGCGAAGUCGUUUGAGUCGUUUCAGGGGCAAAACAAGGCCUCGCCCUCCGGGGGAAAGUACGGUUCGUUGUAUCGGAUCGCCCUCGCCGCGCUUGGGGUGACCACCGCGGUCGUGUCCCUGCACUUUAGUGCCCAUCUCGCCAUGGCAACGGGAUUGGAGCGGCUAAACCUUGACUCAGCCAAAGGCGACUGGAACGAGGUGAAGGCUGCCUUGCUCCAUAUGAGUCAGGAGGAGAGAAGGAAUCACUACAGAACUACCUACCUGUCCCUGGAGGUGGUGCCUGUGUGGACCGCCAAGUCACUCACAGUGGACAGAGGUGAUUCAGUCAAGGCGACCAAAUUCAAGAGGAACGAAGCUCUGGACAAGAAGAUCUCGCUGUUCAGCGGUGACAUCACCAAACUGGAGAUUGAUGGGAUUGUCAAUGCAGCCAACAAGACUCUGCUGGGGGGAGGAGGAGUGGAUGGUGCAAUCCACCGCACGGCCGGCCCCCUCCUGAGGUCUGAGUGUGCUGAGCUUCAAGGGUGUGAGACGGGAGAGGCUAAGAUUACAGGGGGCUACGGCCUGCCUGCCAAGUAUGUGAUCCACACAGUGGGGCCCAUAGCGAUGGGGAAAGUGGGGGAGGAGGAGAGGAGCCGCCUCAGGGACUGCUACCAUCACAGCCUGCAGAAGGCCACCGAUACCAAGCUACGCACUGUGGCGUUCCCUUGCAUCUCCACUGGAAUCUACGGAUACCCACCUGAGCAGGCUGUGCACGUCGCGUUGGAGACUGUCAGGAAGUACCUGGAUGAACACCAUGAGAAGCUGGACAGAGUGAUCUUCUGUGUGUUCCUGCCCACUGAUAAGGAGCUGUACCUGAAAAACCUCCCUCUCUACUUCCCUUCCGCCUGCUGAUCAGAGCGCCCUGUUCGAACGCAGGCUCACCUGUGAAGAAUAAACUCUGAAAGAGUGACAUGUGGAGUUGUGCAAUAAUGCGGCUCACCACAUGCAAUAUCCUCAUCUUCCUCCUCUUCCUUUCCCCCCACCGGCUCUGCACUAGAGAAGACCUGGGUACAUAUCUUAACGCUGGAUGAAUGUCUAGAACUGAAUAAACUGCUUUAUUAUCAAUGAA